UCUGCCAUAGCGUUUGGUGAGUUUGCGACUAGCUUUUGUUUGUUAGAUAUUAAACUACCCAGCGUAACAGAGUAGCUAACAGUAAGUAAAUAUACGGACAGUACGCAUCAUUAACAUACAACUGUGACCGGCGACACAUUGCUCAGGUCGAUUACAACAAAAGAAUAACUGCAAACUGUAAAUUGGCAUCAGCAUCUUCUUCCAUUACUGCUUCUGCCCUCCUCCCUUUGAUUCACUGCUCCUAUCAGCGACUUCCACCAGUUUUCAACAUGGCGGCUAUGUUCCUACUCUGGCAGUGCCACUAACAUCAGCUCUGGACCAUCACCAUGGAGAGGAAACGCAGAAAGAAAUUAAUCUAGCUGCUCAGGCUGUUUGCAGUAUGGACUCAAUUUUGGAGCUCUGGACCUGAAAAGCUCUGUCACUGACCCGGAACCAGGCUUUAGCCGCUCAUUCCAUAUCUGAAACAGCACACCUGAUGCUGGAGUUUGGAAGGACCUGGUCAAACUGAUGGUUUGUGCUAUUUCACAACUCAAAAUGCUUCUGCUUCCUGUGUGGGCAUCCAUGCUACUGGGGUUGAUGGUGGGCUUCUUGCCUUUGGUGGGCAUGGAGCCAACAGGUGGAACCAAAUCUAGCUCUGCCUCUGACUCGGCCUCCAGCCAAGAACCUCUUCCUUUGUCAUCUGGCUCCAACUGCUCCUCUCAGUUAACACUCAAACUUGAAUUCUCCUCCAAGGUGGUAGAACAUGAGUACAUUGUAGGAUUUACGGGGUAUUUCUCAGCAAAAGCUCGCAGCCUAUACAUCAGCAGCGCCUUGCGAAACAACAGGGAUGGGGCACUGGAGUGGCACAUCGUUCCUAGAGAAAACCCAGCAUCCGACUUCCCCAGUGACUUUGAGCUAGUCCACAUCAGUCAACCUUCACCCAGCAGCCUGAAGACCUUAGAGGACCACCCCUACAUCAAGAGGGUGACACCUCAGCGCAAAGUGUUCCGUGUGCUAAAAUAUGUUCCCUCGCCUGAGCCUGCUGCACCCUGUAACACCACCCGUGGGACUCAAAAAUGGCAAUCUUGGCAGUCAUCCCGGCCUUUUCGACGGACAAGCCUCUCACUGGGCUCAGGGUUCUGGCAUGCCACCGGUCGGCACUCCAGCCGGCGACUGCUGCGAGCAAUUCCCCGACAUGUUGCCCAGAUCCUGCAGGCAGAUGUUUUAUGGCAGAUGGGACACACAGGUUCUGGUGUGAAGGUGGCGGUGUUUGAUACAGGCCUUAGUGAGAAGCACCCUCAUUUUAAGAAUGUCAAGGAGAGAACGAACUGGACGAAUGAGAAGACACUAGACGAUGGUCUUGGUCAUGGGACAUUUGUAGCAGGAGUGAUUGCCAGUAUGAGAGAGUGUCAGGGCUUUGCCCCUGACUCAGAGCUGCACAUCUUCAGAGUGUUUACCAACAACCAGGUAUCAUACACCUCGUGGUUCUUAGAUGCCUUCAACUAUGCCAUCCUGAAAAAGAUUGAUGUUCUCAACCUCAGUAUUGGGGGGCCAGACUUCAUGGACCAUCCUUUUGUUGAUAAGGUUUGGGAGCUCACUGCCAACAGGGUGAUCAUGGUUUCUGCUAUUGGCAAUGAUGGACCACUGUAUGGCACUCUGAACAACCCAGCAGACCAGAUGGACGUGAUCGGGGUUGGAGGGAUCGACUUUGAGGACAACAUUGCUCGGUUUUCCUCAAGAGGCAUGACCACGUGGGAGCUUCCAGGGGGCUACGGCAGGGUGAAGCCUGACAUCGUCACAUACGGCUCUGGCGUCCGGGGAUCAGGGAUGAAGGAAGGAUGUCGCUCUCUCUCUGGCACAAGUGUGGCAUCCCCUGUGGUGGCUGGAGCAGUGACUCUUCUGGCCAGCACUGUCCUGAACAGAGAGUUGGUGAACCCGGCCUCAAUGAAGCAGGCUUUGAUCGCCUCGGCCCGCAGGCUGCCAGGAGUCAACAUGUUUGAGCAGGGCCAUGGGAAGCUCGAUCUGAUCAGGGCCUACCAGAUCCUCAACAGUUACAGACCACAGGCCAGUCUCUCUCCCAGCUACAUCGACCUUACGGAGUGUCCCUACAUGUGGCCUUACUGCUCUCAGCCCAUCUACUAUGGAGGAAUGCCCACGAUUGUCAAUGUAACCAUUCUUAAUGGAAUGGGUGUCACUGGCAGGAUUGUUGACAAGCCCAUCUGGCAGCCCUACCUCCCCCAGAACGGGGACCACAUUGAUGUGGCUGUCUCUUACUCACCAGUGCUCUGGCCAUGGGCAGGCUACCUGGCGGUGUCCAUCUCUGUGGCCAAGAAGGCAGCAUCAUGGGAAGGGAUUGCUCAAGGUCAUGUGAUGGUUACAGUGGCUUCUCCUGCAGAGAAUGAUUCUGAGGUGGGUGGUGAGCUGACCUCCACAGUCAAACUACCCAUCAAAGUGAAGAUUGUACCGACUCCCCCGCGCAGUAAGAGGGUGCUAUGGGACCAGUACCACAACCUGCGCUACCCACCAGGCUACUUUCCCAGGGAUAACCUGCGCAUGAAAAACGACCCACUGGACUGGAAUGGAGAUCACAUUCACACUAACUUCAGGGACAUGUACCAGCACCUGAGGAGUAUGGGAUACUUUGUUGAAGUGCUUGGAGCACCCAUCACCUGCUUUGAUGCCAGCCAGUAUGGCACUUUGCUAAUGGUGGACAGUGAAGAGGAGUAUUUCCCCGAAGAGAUUACCAAACUGAGGAGAGAUAUUGACAACGGCCUGUCUCUUAUUGUCUUUAGCGAUUGGUACAACACCUCGGUCAUGAGAAAAGUCAAGUUCUAUGAUGAAAACACCAGGCAGUGGUGGAUGCCAGACACAGGGGGUGCUAAUGUUCCAGCUUUGAACGACCUAAUCUCAGUUUGGGGAAUGGCUUUCAGUGAUGGGCUAUAUGAGGGAGACUUCAGCCUUGCUGAACAUGACAUGUAUUAUGCCUCAGGCUGCAGCAUUGCCCGUUUCCCAGAGGAUGGAAUAGUGAUUGCCAAGAACCUAAAGGACCAAGGUCUAGAAGUGCUAAAGCAGGAGACAGCAGUGGUGGAGGGAGUCCCCAUCCUGGGACUGUACCAAACACCAUCAGAUGGAGGAGGUCGUAUUGCACUGUAUGGUGACUCUAACUGUAUUGAUGACAGCCACAGACAGAAAGACUGUUUCUGGCUGUUAGAUGCUCUCCUUCAGUACACUUCCUACAGUAUGACCCCUCCCAGCCUUAGCCACUCCCACAGCAGGGUCACACCGCCCACGGGCACAGAGCGCCCACUGCCACAAAGACUAGAAGGCAAUCAUCUUUACCGCUACUCAAAGGUUCUGGAGGCUCACCUGGGAGACCCCAAGCCCCGCCCACUGCCAGCCUGCCCUCACCUGUCUUGGGCAAAGCCACAGCCAGUCAAUGAGACAGCACCAAGUAACUUGUGGAAGCACCAGAAGCUUCUCUCAGUAGAUCUGGACAAAGUGGCUCUACCUAAUGUAAGAGCUUACCGCCCUCAAGUCAGACCUCUGUCACCUGGGGAGAGUGGGGCCUGGGAUAUCCCUGGAGGUAUAAUGCCUGGCCGCUAUAACCAAGAAGUGGGCCAGACCAUUCCUGUGUUUGCCUUCCUGGGUGCGAUGGUGGUCCUAUCCUUUUUUGUGGUGCAACUGACAAAGACCAAGAGCAAACCCAAGCGCAGGAAACCCCGCAUCAAGCGACCCACGUACCUCCAGCAGCAGCAACAGCAGACAAUGGGCAAAAACCCCACAGUUUGACAUGGACUAAAGCUGUUACUGGAAAACUGGGUUCACCUCCUGAGCUUGGACAUUAUUAAAAGGACAACUUGUGUUGAAAGCAUCAAGAAAGGUGUGGAAUUUCAUGGACUCAUGAACUGUUCUGGCAGACGUCAGACUGUUUUAAAUCAAGUCUGCUUGACAUGAUGGAACUGUGCCUCUUGGAGGUAAAAACAGUUUUUGUGCCUCUUGUCUUUUCAAGGCUCUACUUGGGUGUUUGUGUGUGUUUCUGGACUAACGAGAAGUAUUAGAAGGUGUUAAAUAUUGUAAACACACAACACACCUCACCCAAAAUUGCCUGAGACACACUUGUCUACAUUUUCCCCUCUCUUCUUUGACCAAACUAUUUCUUUAUGAUGAAAUGUGUCUGACUUUUAUAUUUAUUGAAGUUCUUUGUACCCUAACACACACACCUACAUGCACACACACAUACACACUCAGAACUCCUAAAGGAUUUCAUGCUCCCACAUGCAUACAAACAGACAUACAAUGCAUACUGUAUGCACUUUAACAAUAAAGCAGUUGGCAUACACAUAGAAACAGUCUUUUCACAAACAUUUAAUAAUUUCUAACAUAAGACCAUCGGAUGAUCAAGUUGUCUUCUCCUGUGUCCAGUCCACCUAUUUGUUAAUCCUGUCCAUUACUGUGUCAAAAGACUGUCUUUCAUUGUUUUACAUUUUAUAUAAGGAAUGAACUCUGAGCAGGCGUUCUGUUGACAUCCUCCUCCAUGAUCUCAUGGUCAACAAGGUAGCAUUAAAAGGGUUGUUCAAGUAUAUUUCAUCAAUUAAAAAGCAUA